AUCAACUACGUCUGAAUGUAAACAAACCAGUGACUCCUUCUCUCUCUCCCGCUCUCUCUCGCCCUGCAGAUCGUGUACGAGAUGGUCACCGACAGCUGGCUGACCUACGUGGAGGGCGUGUGCGUCAUCUGGUUCACCAUCGAGGUGGUGGCCCGCGUCAUCUUCUGCCCCGACAAGGCAGAGUUCUUCCGCAGCGCCCUCAACAUCAUUGACUUUGUGGCCAUCGUGCCCUUUUACCUGGAGGUGGCGCUGCAGGGCCUCUCCUCCAAAACAGCCAAAGACGUACUGAGCUUCCUGCGUGUGGUGCGUUUCGUCCGUAUCCUGCGUAUAUUCAAGCUGACCCGUCACUUUGUGGGUCUGCGGGUCCUGGGCCACACGCUGCGGGCCAGUACUAACGAGUUCCUGCUGCUCAUCAUCUUCCUGGCGCUGGGCGUCCUCAUCUUUGCUACAAUGAUCUACUAUGCCGAGCGCAUCGGAGCCGACCCGGGCGACCCCACCGCUGCGCUCCACACCGACUUCAAGAACAUCCCCAUCGGUUUCUGGUGGGCCGUGGUGACCAUG